GACGUCCAUGGUGCGGCCUCAUUUGUCGUCUUCGAACCAAUGAUACCCUUGCACUGCUUACACUGCUCUUGCCCCUACGCCUCCCCCUCCCACGCCUCAUUCCCUCUGACAUUGCCGCUCACAAGGGUCGGUGGCGUAGCUCCUCGGUUCGAUCCUGGGCCAACUCAUAGAAACCACUACGCAACUCUCUCAUUGAACACUAGUGCGGUGGAAGACGCGAAGUCGCUAGCAACGUGCCGAGCUGCCCUCCGUUGACCACAGAUCGCUCCUAACGGUUGCAAGGGCCUGCUUCUGAUUCGCCAUCAACGCGACCUCGCCCAACUAACCGCCGUCCUUCACAAUGACUUUCUCGAAGCCUGCGUGCAAGCUGCAGCCGGUCAUCUG